UUGAAUUGGUUUUGUCACCAAAUCAAAACCAUAAAUACUUUCUUGUAGCCUAUCUGGAUAACUUUCAUCGAAAAGUUCUCUUUUGAGAUAAUUCUUCCUUUGAAAAUCACAAGUUUGUACAUAGCGAUACAAUACCUUUUGAAUCAACUCUUAGAAAACUACAAGUGUAGGGUCUUAUACGUUUACUUUUUUCGGGGUUGGGGAAAUUUUUGUUUGUUUUUGAGGGCGAGGAUGGCAAAGUUGGAAGAAGUUGGAGAGAAAGUGAUGGUAAUCCAAGAUGGAAGCAGAAAGUUCAGUUGGAAUGCGGCCAUGGGAAUUGUAUGGGUGCUGAGGAACUCUCCAUUUAGAAAAGGAGAUGAAAUAACACUAUUAGUUGUUCUUCACCAGGUUAAUAAUCCUAGUAUGUAUGCUUUGAUGGAAGCUUCAAUGUUGGGACACAAGCAGCGAGUGGAUUCGAACUCUAUGAUAGGGCUGAACGAAAACCUGAUAGAAAAGGAAAGUGCAAAGAAAAUGGAAGAAUAUACUAACAAUGAAGGAAUGCAUGAAAUUAUGGAUCUUUGUGAACGCAAAAAGAUAAGGUUCAAGGUGGAAGUUCAUACAGGGUCUUCUGCGAAGAAAGUUGCUCUUGAAGCUGCUAAAAGUUACAAACCAACUUGGGUUAUCCUUGAUAGGCGUAUGAAGAGAGAGAGAAAAUUCUUUCUAAAGAGAUUGAGUUGCAAGAUAUCAAGAAUGAAAGGGGACAACACAGUUCAUGAGUUGAGAGGGAAAUUGGGAGUGGGAAUUGGAAGUAAUGAGGAGGAAAAGGAUUUGUCAACAACUCCAACUUCUCCAAAUUACUUCCCAAAAACCUCUCCUUCUCAAUUUAGUUAUGCUGAGAUGAUACCAGGAAGUCCUCAACUCCAACUUUCUUCAACUAAAAAAGGAGAAGAAGAAACGGACUUCUUCGAAACGAAUUUAGAACGGCGGCAUAACAACAAGAAACGGCCUACGCUCUGCAAAUCAUCCUCAAGCGGUAAUGUAAAUGAAUCGAAAUCUUCGGUUCUGCCAAUUCGAACGCCGAAAGAAAUUUCUCCAGGAGGAGGUGAUUCGUCUUCCUCCCCAUUCUCCAUUUCCGAUGACUUCAAAAUCUCCGCCUGUUCGGUUUGCCAUAUACGACGCCCCUUUGUUGGAUGGAGGAGGGAUUUCACUUACGCAGAGCUUCAUGCCGCUACCAAUGGAUUCUCCCAGCACAAUUUCCUUUCUGAAGGUGGGUUUGGUUCGGUUUAUAGUGGUGAAAUCGGUGGGAUUAAGAUAGCUGUCAAGCAACAUAAACUUGUGAGUUCUCAAGGGGAAAAGGAAUUCAGAUCUGAGGUUAAUGUUCUUAGCAAAGUGAGCCAUGAGAAUUUGGUGAUGCUUUUGGGUACGUGUAGAGAAGCAACUCGCCGGCUGCUGCUUGUUUAUGAGUAUGUUUGCCAUGGAUCCUUGGAGAAACACUUGUCAAGGACUGCCCGCAGACCUCUUAGUUGGGAAAAGAGGAUGAAGAUAGCUAGAGGAGUUGCUAGAGGGUUACAAUAUUUGCAUCAAAAUAACAUCAUCCACAGAGAUAUGAGACCAAAUAAUAUCCUCAUAACUCAUGAUUAUGAGUCACGGCUAGGAGAUUUUGGACUAGCAAGAACUCAGUAUGAAGACUCUGGAGAGACGAGGGUUGUUGGGACAUUGGGAUACUUAGCACCAGAAUAUGCGGAAUUUGGUAAAGUAUCUACCAAAACCGAUGUUUAUGCCUUUGGUGUGGUCUUGUUACAGCUUAUUACUGGAUUGAGGACUACCGACAUGAUAUUUGAAGGAAAGAGUCUUGUGGGCUGGGCGAGACCAUUGCUAAAGGAAAGAAACUACCCUGAUUUAAUAGAUCCAAAAAUAGCAGACUCCCAUGAUUUCUACCAACUAUUUUGGAUGGUUGAUGUAGUAGUGAAAUGCCUGAGAAAGGAUCCUCGCAAGAGAAUAACUAUGAAUAAGGUACUUGAAUACUUCAAUUACCUAAUGGAUGGUGAUCCAACCGGCAACAUCGGAGACCUUUCUCCUGCAGAAUCAUGUACACCGACCAAUGAAUAAUCGAAAUCUUCGAAUCACUAGGUUCAUCCAAUAAAUGACUGCUAGGUAAACCAAAUCUCGCUGGAAACCACUGGGAAAUUCAACUCUAAAUAACAAAGAAAAGGAGAUAAUAGAAUAGAUGUUAUGUGUUGUUUAGGAGAUAGGAUAUAUUAAACAUGUUAUACUUGAGAAAGUACAUUUCUGUUUUGUUGUACUGUUUCGUUGUGGCCAUUAUAAUUGUUCCAAAUUGCUUCUGUAUUUGAUAGUUUAUAGCUGUGGAUAUGAGGUUGCUCUGAAUGAAAGUUGACAUUGGAUUUAAAACUUUCAA